AACCCCUCCAAUAUUCUGUGCAUUUCUAUGUCAUGUUGCUGGCUCAGGUGGUUUGGACAAAAGGGCCAGUCUGCGAGUCAGGUAUAAAAGCAAAGGGUUAAACCAGGUGUGGUUACAGUUCGGUGCAAGAGCAGCAGCAAGACCACCAGCAGCAGCCCACUGACCAUCAAAAUGACUUCCUCCGGAAUGAACACUAUGAGCAGGGUCACCUUCUACGAGGAGAGGAACUUCCAGGGCCGCUCCUACGAGUGCAUGAGCGACUGCCCCGACAUGUCCUCCUACCUGAGCCGGUGCCAGUCCUGCAGGGUGGAGCACGGCUGCUUCGUGGUGUACGACCGCAACAACUACAUGGGCAACCAGUUCUUCAUGAGGAGGGGCGAGUACUCCGACUACCAGAGCAUGAUGGGCAUGAGCGACUCCAUCCGGUCCUGCCGCAUGAUCCCCAUGCACAGGGGAUCCUACAGGAUGAGGAUCUACGAGAGGGAGAACUUCGGAGGCCAGAUGCACGAGAUGAUGGACGACUGCGACAACACCAUGGACCGUUACCGCAUGUCCAACUGCAUGUCCUGCCACGUGACGGAGGGCCACUGGCUGAUGUACGAGCAGCCCCAGUACCGAGGCAGGAUGAUGUACGUGAGGCCCAACGAGUACAGGAGCUUCAUGAACAUGGGCGGCAGCGGCAUGAGGUUCAUGAGCAUGAAGCGCAUCACCGACUCCUGCUACUAGACUCUCUGAGCACUGAAUAAAACUGUCAUGACCGAAACUG